AGAUUGGCUGUCCUUUUGUUUCGAACAUUAAAAAGACAUUUUGACCCCCGAUUCUACCCCUCCCAGACAGAUUUGCCCCCACCGCCUCUUCUCAUUCGCUUCUACGUUGGCCCAGCAGCGACUGAACAGCGUCCAAGCACUUUACUAGGCAGCAACCACUGCCAUCAGCUCAACUUCUUCAGCAUCAUUUACGCUUUCUCUGCUGCUGCUGCUGCUGCCGGAGCGAACCAGCCUUACUGUCCGGUCCUUUUGCUAUCUAUUUACAGCGUUGUCCUUCAUAUUUCUUUUCGAGAACUGGAUAUAGGCGUAUCUCCGUCUUUUGAUUAAUCUAACGGACAGUUUCCAAAAAAGAACAUUCUGCGCCAAAGACGAGCUUCGUCUAUACUACCUAAAGAUACAUCACGGAGUCUUGUUGUUUAGGUUUACUUUAAUUGCUUCCACAUCAAACUGAAGUCAUGGAUGAGAUGGACUUACCCCAGAUGAAGAAGGAGGUAGAAAGCCUCAAGUACCAGUUGGCCUUCAAAAGGGAGAGAUCCUCAAAGACAGCGACAGACCUGGUAAAGUGGAUCGAGGAAUGUGUGCCUGAGGACCCCUUCCUGAACCCUGAGCUGAUGAAGAACAAUCCAUGGGUGGAAAAGGGCAAGUGUGUGCUUCUAUAAAAGAGUAGUAGCAGCAGCAGUAGCAGUUGCCCCAGCCCUCCGCCCAAGCCUCCACCAGACUGACAGGAUCACCUGGCGCUUGCUCUCUCUGUUUCAUGGCCUCACCGUGAAUGUACAGCAGCUUAGCACAUACACACACAUGCACACAUCAUUAGCCCCAUAUAGUCACUUGCAAGAUUUGACACUUAGACAUGCAUUACUAUUCUAAUUAUAGCAAUCAAUAUAUCUUUAUAGUGGAAUUUCUCUAGCCUACUCUGUUGUCACUGCUGCUUGCAAGCUUGAUCUUGAGUUGAAGCACAUAGUGUUGACUUCUAAAUGCCAGAAAGAGCCUGUCAGACGACAGACUGCAUGACAGAGGAGCAAAGAACACAGCAUGCCCAAAAAAAGCCUCUACAGCUGAUGUUUUGAGAAACCAGAAAAGGCAGCAUAUUUGUGAGCUUUCACUCUAUUUUACAGCCUGUUAAUUUCUCCUGCAGAUCUAUGUACUAUUUACACCACACUCAGCACUCUCACCCAAGGAGCAUUUUUAAACAUGUACAGAUCUUUUUUAUUUAUUAAUGUAUUUAUGAUCAUAUAUUUAUCUAUUUAUUUAUGGUCUGAUGCACUACCGAAGCUGUCGGCGCUACUGCUUUUUAGAACCUACAAUGGACCUGCUGUUGUUCAACUGCACCCUUCCUUCCUUGAAAGUGAAAGGAGAAAAAAAAAUUGCAUCUUGCCAGUUCACCAUCGAAUACUGCCUUGUACACAAUUUCCUUAAAAAGAAUGUACGUGUGUCGUUAGGGAUCAGUAAACAAUCAGCACCCUUAAGCAUUGAAUGAGUAUGCAUACGGAUGAGGUUGUGCACUGGCCAAGGCUUUUUUUUCUUAGAUUAAUAGCUAUAUCUACACUGACUGUAUGAGGUAAGGCAAGGAUGUGGGGUUAAUUUAUGACUUUUGAUUUUUGUUCAUGUUUUUAUAUUUUCAAACAGUAGAAACCUGUCUAAUUAUCUUGAGGUGUGUUACAUAUGAGAAUGCUUAGAGAAAAAAAUGCAUACGAUCAAGUACUAGUUUAUUAACAAGCAAUAAGUGAUUACAUUUUUUAUUGAAUGUUUUACAAAAAAAAAAACAUCUUAUUGAAUAAAG